CCCCUCUCCGUAUUUCCGGCUUUUAACCAAUAUUAAUUUCUCAUGGAUAUAAUACUACUGCUGACGUCUUGUUGAAUAAUUUCAUGUACAUUCAUUACAUUAAUUGCACAGUUGUAAAACAGCCUCGGUACAGAAUAGUUGCAGAAACUGUUAUUCCUUGACGGCAGUGUCUCUGCUGCGCGUCUCAACAUAAGCCCAUCCAAAAUGAAUUCAAUAACAGCUGCUUUCAACCCCGACUCAUCCGGGAUUGGUCCUAAACAACUAGGAUAUAUUCCAAAUCUGAAACUGAGGGAUGGUCAUGAGAUCCCUCUCUUGGCCUACGGUCUGGGCUCAGCUCGUUCACACGACGAGGCAGAGAAAACAACCCAACUUGCUGUAAUGGCAAUUCAAAACGGAUAUUUUCAUCUAGACUGUGCUGAAUCCUACAAAAAUGAGACCGAGCUUGGCAUAGCAAUCAAGAAAUCUGGCAUAGAUCGCAGCAAACUUUUCGUGACAACGAAGCUGCAGAGCAUUCACGGCGACGUAUCCCGGUCCUUCGCGGCAUCCCUCGUGCGCCUGGACCUCUCGUACGUAGACCUGUACCUGAUCCACGCACCCUUCGGCGCGUCCUCGCCCGAGCAUCUGCAGCAGGUCUGGGCCGAGCUCGAGGCGAUCCAAGCGUCCGGGCGGGCGCGGUCGAUCGGGGUGUCCAACUUCUCCAAGGCGGAUCUCAAGACGAUCCUGCAGACGGCGCGCACACCGCCCGUGCUAAACCAGAUCGAAUACCACCCGUACCUGCAGCACGUGGCGGACGGGCUCCUACCAUUCUGCCGCGAGAACAACAUCGCGGUCGCGGCGUACGGACCCCUGGCGGGCGUCACCAAGGCGAAGCCCGGCCCGUGCGACGACAUAUACGCCGAGCUGGCGAAGAAGUACGGCGUCGAGGAGGGCGAGGUCGCGCUGAGAUGGUGCAUUGACCAGGGCAUUGUGGCGAUUACUACGAGCGCGAGCGAGCAGCGGCUGAAGGCGUAUAUGAAUAAAUUAGCCGCCUUUAAGCUUACGCCGAAGGAGAUCGAGAGGAUCUCCGAGGAGGGCAAAAAGAAACAUUAUAGGGCCUACUGGACUAAGAGGUUUGCGGCGGACGAUACGCGAUGAUGUUGAUAUGGAUUGUGACAGUGGCUGUGCUGGGUGUUUUAUUAGGCAUGUAUAUACCUACUACGUUGAGGGGUGGGAUGUAAAUAGGCUG